CGCAUAUUGCAAGGAUAUACUGUUCUUCCCAUGGCGGAUCGCGGCGGCGGCCCUAGCGGCGUGGAGGUGAGGGUGGACAGCGAUCGAAUCGGCAAGGCCGUGGACGCGCUGCUGCGAUGGGUCGCGGGGGCCAAGGAUCAGCAGCGCAUUCGUCUCCUGGACGAGGAUCAGCUCCUCUAUCUGGUAAUCUCUCUCCGGAAGAUCCCCGAGAGCGCCCGGGUGCGCCCUCACAGGAUUCCAAUCCCACACCCGCUGAUAGAGGCGGGCGGGAGCCAGGAGGUUUGCCUCAUCGUCAACGACCUAAGCCGCGGGAUGCCGCGCAAGGAGGCCAAGAGGAAGAUCGCGGAGGAGGGUCUCAAGGUUUCCAAGGUGCUGGGCUUCUCCAAGAUGAAGAAGGACUUCGCGAGCCACGAAUCCAAGCGCAAGCUCUGUGGCUCGUAUGAUCUCUUCCUGGUGGACAGGAGGAUCCAGCCCUUCCUCUCCAAGGCCCUCGGCAAGGCGUUCUACCAGAAGAAGAAGAUCCCCAUUCCAGUGGACCUCUCCAAGGGGCAGUGGAAGAGCCAGUUUGAGAGCGUUUGCAGCUCCACCUUCUUGUUCCUCUCGACUGGAUCGUGCAGCGUUGUCAAGGUGGCCAGGAUCUCACAGACGAGGGAGGAGAUUGUGGAGAACUUGAUGGCGGUGAUCGACGGGGUGGCGGGGUUGAUGCCCAAGAAAUGGGACAGUAUCAUGGCGCUCCACUUGAAGACGAUGGACUCGCUGGCCCUGCCAAUUUAUCAGUCCAAGCCGAGCUUCCCGCUCAAGAUCGACGUGAAUUUCGGGAAGAAGAAAAGACCAUCGGGCGUUGGAAAGCUCGAUCCUUUGGUGGUGAAGAAGAAGAUUGAGAGUCCUCCGAGAACCUCUCCUCUGGUGGCGAUGGAGAAGAAGACUGCGAGCUCUUGGAAAAGCUCGUCCAAGAAAAAGAAGAAGCUCAAGGAGCAAGUUUAAGAAGAAAGUCUUUCCUAAAAAUCUCUGAGCGGGAAAGUUAGCAGCAGGAAAUGUUUUGCAAGAACAACUGAGCUGCAUGAACGCUUUAGCAAUUUGAAAAGAAAGUGAGUUUCAUUCCGUUAGCUAAUUUGUUUCCUUUAUUUUGGUUUUUUAUUGGACUUUAAACAUAGACCCAGUA